ACUUGAACGCAACGCUAGCUCUACAGCAGCAAUCGGGCAGCAAUGGCCACAAUCUGUCAAAGCUGGAGACCGGACAGGGGACGAUGCCUUAAAACAUACGGAAUUGUCAUCAUAUUGCUUAUGGAUGUGGUCUUACAAUGUGUUAAUGGAUACCUGAGCUCCCCACAUGUUGGACAGGAGCCCCCGUACACCAGAGAUGCUCAACAUGGUCCUGUCAUCACUAGUCCAGUGGUCCCUGCUGCAGCCUCAGUGUCUCCUGCAGAUGAAGAGAACUACCCUGCAAAGUGUCCUAGUGGUGGUCUGUGUAGUCGCCUGCCAGCUGAUUGUAUUCACUGCAAUUACCAACACAACUGCACAUACGGGAAACCAGCUUCAUUCACCUGUAAACCCAAAAAAGGGGUCCACUGCAUUGGAGAGUCAGGACAGCAGCAAACCAACUUCUCUCUGUCCAUCAUCUGUCAGUUCUGCUGGCAGCUGGACCCGUCACUGUACCGCUGCUCAAAUUCCACUAACUGUAUGACAGUGUCCUGCCCACGGAAGCGCUACAAUGCCACCUGUGACGUGUUAGACCAUGUACAUUGUUUAGGUAAAAGACGUUUUCAGAAACGAUUAUUUUGCAAUUGGACUGGAGGAUAUAAAUGGUCAACGGCAUUAGCGCUCAGCAUUACACUUGGUGGUUUUGGAGCAGAUCGGUUUUAUCUGGGCCAGUGGAGAGAGGGUCUGGGCAAACUGUUCAGCUUUGGAGGCCUGGGCAUUUGGACUUUGAUAGAUGUGCUUCUCAUAGGGGUUGGUUAUGUGGGGCCUGCUGACGGUUCGCUCUACAUCUGAACCAAGUCUCUGGAGACAUGGUUGGAUGUUCCUUACCCUCUUCUGCUUCAUACUGUUUCACCCUCAAAGACUGAAGAUGCUGUGUUCUUAGCACGUUUUGCCUCCCAGAGCUUGCUGUGCAACACAUCUCUGUCCCAUCUGCUAACAAGCAGGAAGUGUUUUCCCCCUUGCAACAUGGAUAACUCUUCCCACACAACCAUCAGAUCAAUCCUAAUCAUUCUGCGUCUGACUCCUGUCAACAUUCUGCAGAUGGAGCUGUGCAGGAAGACGAGAAGUCAGUAAUUAUGCCUGUGCGGUUGCUUUGACUUAACUAAUGGUUAGGCUCCCUCAUGCUGAUAUAUAGAUAGGUUUGAUUUCCUGUGAAGCUGGGCUAUCAAAAAGUUCUUUGGAGCCGUGUGUUGCUUCUUCUUUAUUGGAAAGUAAAUGAAUCAGUGGGGGGUGAAAUUGUAACCAUGGCUACAGAUUUCCAGUGUAAAACCUAACACAAUAGAAAGGUGGGCAGGUAAUAUUUAUGUCCUGAGAGGGCCAAGAAUGAGUAAGGAAAUAGUUUCAGGUGUUUUUUUGUGACAACAGAAUGUGCCUGUGGAUGAAUUCAACAGCUAUUUGCAUGAUUUCUUUCUACAUUGAAUCAGUACUGUCAGCCACAGUUUAAGAAAUGUUUCUUUCAGGGCUUUUUGAAUGAUCCAACAUUUAACUUUUAUAAGCAUCACAACUGUUUAAGUUCAACUGCUUUAUUAAUAAAUGCACAAACCCUACUGUAGGUUCAAAUAACAGCCAACACUGGUAGAGAUGUGGCGUUAGGGAACAAAGAUAAGAAUCUCCUAACCGUCUACAUGUAUACGUGUUGCACAAGCAAAUUGCAGUCACUUGUGGUUUCCCGUAUGGGAGAUGAUGGAGAUAUCCAGUGCAUUCAAAUGUUCUUUUUCCUUCAAUUCAUCACUUUACCUGUUACAUUGAUUCUCUGUGCACUAACAGUGAAGCAGCUCCUCUUUCUUAAUGUGAAAGUGUGUUCUCUUUGUGUUGCCAGAAUUUUGUUUUCUGUUGAAACACUGUACAUUAUUUUUUUUAAGUUAUGUAAAUAAAGAUUUUAAAACAU